AUGGCAUCCUCAUUUCCAAAAACGGAGGCGGCGGCCGCGGGCUCGAACUCACCACCAGACGAUGCCCCGGUCGAAGAGUCUUCUCGCAUCUUCGUCAAGAACCUUCCUCCCAACAUUACCGAUGACCAGCUCCGGAAGCACUUCUCGGGCGGUGGCCGCCACAUCACCGACCUGAAGCUGAUUGCCCGUCGCCGAAUUGCCUUUAUUGGCUACCGCUCGGCUGACGAGGCCAAGGCUGCCGUCCGCUACUUCAACCGCUCCUUCAUCCGCAUGUCGAAGCUGUCGGUCGAGCUGGCCAAGCCCAUCACGGACCCGACUCUGCCGACGGCCUAUAAGAUGCAGCGGCUGCAUGACCUUCACAACCCGGCGGCAGCUGAGCCCGCCGCACCAGCACUGCCGGCAGACGACGAGGCAGCCUCGAAGAAGCGGAAGCGAGAGGAUUUGGAUGUGGCGAGCAACCCUAAGCUGCGGGAGUUCCUCGACGUCAUGAGCACACAAAACAGGGGGUUAAGCAGUACAGCCGACGUCACGUCUGCCAUGGGUGCUGGAGCCUUUGGUGUUGCUGGCGAGGCAGCCGUUCCGGAGGUAGUUUUGGACGCCGAGGAGAGCGAGAACGAGGACGAAUACCAAUCCAUAUCGACCAAGAAGGCCAAGACGACAAAAGACGAUGAGGGCGAAAGGACACCAGAAGCACCAGUACCAGCAGAGCCAGCGGCAGAGGCUGGUCGGCCUUCAAGGGUGGCUGCCAUUACAGCCACGUCCAUCGAGGAAGAGGAGGCACGGCCGACGCCACCUGCACCAGAGCCGACCCCGACGCCACUGCAGCCCAAGCUGGAUGCUUCAGCAACAGACGAUGACUGGCUGCGGUCACGUACCAACCGGUUGCUCGACCUACUCGACCCGAGCGAACUGCCCGCACCACCACAGCCUGUUGCGGCGCCACCUGUUGCUUCGACCCUGGCGCCUGCGAUCCCGGCCGCUACCCCGGCUGCUACCAAAAAGGCCGAUGAAGAACUGCCUGACGCCAAUAACGAGAACGACAAUGAAAAUGAUGAUUACGAGAACCCGAUUCGGAGACUGGCACCAGCUGCUGCUGCAGCAGCAACCGCCGCCGCCACUACCGCCACCCCUACCCCUGCACCACCAGUUGUACCUCUGUCUGCAGAAGAGCAGAUUCGCAAGACAUCCCGGUUGUUUGUCCGCAACCUGCCGUACGACGCUACGGAAGCCCAAAUCCAGAAAUACUUUACCGCCUUUGGCACCGUUCAAGAGGUCCAACUCCCAGUCACAAAUUCAGGCGUCAACAAGGGCUACGCCAUGGUCCUUUUUGCCAGCCCAGACGUCGCCCUUGCCGCGUUCCAUAACACCGAUGGCAAGACAUUCCAAGGUCGGAUCUUGCAUGUGCUCCCUGCAAAAGCCAAGAAGACAGCUGGUUCGGCUGCCGAGCUGGACGAGUUUGCUCUGGCAAAGCUGCCGCUCAAGCAACAGCGGCUGCUGCGGAAAAAGGCAGACGCGGCGACGAGCAGCUUCUCGUGGAAUGCCCUGUUUAUGACGCAGGACGCCGUGAACUCGGCCAUGGCAGAGCGGCUGGGCGUGUCCAAGUCGGAGAUGCUCGACCCGACGUCGUCGGACGAAGCCGUGCGGCAGGCCGUGCGCCAGACGUCCAUUAUUGAAGAGACCAAAGACUACUUUGAGAGCAACGGUGUGGACCUCGAGGCGUUUAAGCCCAACACAAAGCGUGGCGAUUCAUGCAUUCUCGUAAAGAACUUUGCGCACGGCACGGCCUCGCAGGAGCUACGCAAGAUGUUUGAGGAGUACGGUCCCGUCGUGCGGGUCCUGAUGCCGCCCAGCGGCACACUGGCCAUUGUGCAAUUUGCCCAGGCCGCCCACGGCCGGCUGGCCUACGCGAAGCUGGCCUACCGCCGUGUCAACGAGACGGUCCUCAUGCUCGAGAAGUGCCCCGAUAACCUGCUGAGCAACAGCGCCAGCGGCGUCCUGGAUACUACGGCAGCCACGGCCGGCCAGGCGGGCAAGACCAAGCUGGUCGCCAGCGACCUGCUCGACGGAAGCCAAGCCGAAGACGCUGCUGGCGACGAGACUACUGACGAGGCGGCGGCCGCAGGGUCCAAGCAGACCAGCUCUCUGUUUGUGCGCAACCUCAACUUUACCACGACCACGGAGCAGCUGGCGGCGCUGUUUUCGCCGCUGCAGGGCUUUGUGGCGGCGCGCGUCAAGACCAAGCCGGACCCCAAGCGGCCCGGACAGACGCUCAGCAUGGGCUACGGCUUUGUCGAGUUCCGCACCAAGGCGGACGCAGCGGGCGCGUGCGCGACGAUGGACGGCCACAUUCUGCACGGGCACACGCUGGCCGUCAAGGCGUCGCACCGCGGCCUGCAGGACGCGGCGGCGGCGCAGCGCGAGGCCGACCAGGCGAAGAAGCUGGCGGCCAACCGCGGCGGCAAGCUGAUUAUCAAGAACAUUCCCUUUGAGGCGUCCCGGACGGACCUGCGGACGCUGCUGGGCACGUACGGCCAGCUCAAGGCGGUCCGGAUGCCCAAGAAGUUUGGCAGCGCGACGCGCGGGUACGCGUUUGCCGAGUUUGUGACGGCGCGCGAAGCGGCCGCCGCCAUGACGGCGCUGCGCAACACGCACCUGCUGGGCCGGCGCCUGGUGAUUGAGUUUGCCGAGGCAGAGGCGGUGGACGCGGAAGAGGAGAUUGCCAAGAUGCAGAAGAAGGUGGGCUCGCAGAUGGACUCGGUGGCGAGGCAGCAGCUGGCAACGAGCCGCAGCCACCGGACCAAGGUGACCAUUGGCGACGAAGAGGAGGAGCAGCUGUGA